AUGGCAUCUUUGAUCUGCAAAGUGGAUGUUGAUGUUCAAAAGAUUCUUAUAUGUGAAAUGGAUAUUGGUUGUUCAAACACUCUCCAAUUUGCUACACAGGUUCAUGUGAACUUCCAUAAAGAUUAUGGAGUCCCAAGAAAUCUUCUGUCAAAUUCUUGCAUAAUUGAUUCGUCAAGAAUAUUUCAGACAGGGAGAUCACUAUUUCCACUAUUGGAUAUGUUUGUAGAAUCUGUUGCCUCCUUAGGAAAUAUAUCAGGAAAAAUUCACAGUUGGCAUUGGUUUUCAGAGUAUGGUAUAAUGUUGUAUAAUAUGUCAAAAAAUAGAUACUGUGAGAGAAUUGGUAGACAACACAAAAGCAAUCAUGUUAUAUAUGUUGUUGAUCUAAGAAGAGCUAGUUAUUAUCAAAAAUGUCAUGAUCCAGAUUGCAGAGGUUAUCGCUCUCCACUACGUCCAGUUCCUGAAGAAAUUGUACCUGACACAACUGUAUUUUUUGAGGGUGUUAAGCGUCACAAAAUUUAUGAGAAUAAUGUUGAUAACAAGACGAUAGACAGCGUGGAUAGCUGCUUGAAAGAUGGUUGGUGGUUGGAAGCUGUAAAAUUUGCCGAAAAAGUUGAGAAAAAGACACUAGAUUUCGAUGUAGUAUCUUGAAUCAAAAUAUGUAUAGAAGCAAUACUUUUUGCUAAUGUAAAUAUGCUUGAAAUAGUAUGUAAAUAUUUGUGUUUG